UUUGUAUAAAUAAUGUCAAUGUAUAAUAUUAAGUGACCCACUAAAAAUAGAGGGUUAAUAAGGAGGACCUUAAAAAAGAAAGUUGCUAGCUAGUAUAAUUAUAUUAUUGGUUCAAUUUCAUAAUAACUAACCAUAAUAGCUAGCUAAUAAGCUAGAAGGUGGCCUCCUAGAGAUGGAUGGUGGUGGUGAUGGGGUUGGUGAUCAAGUCAUUGUGUUCAUGGCCGAGGGUCAUAACAACGGCGGCCAAUCCGGAGACUCGGAGCAUGCCAAUGGCAACAAUAUCAAUGUUGAUCGACGUGGUGACAAGAAAAAAACCCCCGCCCUACAAUCAACUAAUACUCUUAGAAAGAGAGCCACCCUGCGUCGUCUUAGUUUUUCUAAACCUAAGUCUCGAAAUGUUGAAUUUAACCUCCCUCCCAAAAUAAAUGUCAUCGACGAGUUUGAGAGAGAUCAGGCGACUAUUUGGGAAGAAGAAAUAAGUAAUAAUUGUAAUAAUGGUGGUAAUAGUGGUACGGACUUUUCCUCCUACUCUACGUCUGAGGAGGAGGAGGAGGAAGAGGAAGAGGAAAGCGAUGGUAAAAAAUAUCACAAGGCAAAAAAAAAGAAGAGAAAGAUUAAGUGGAGGAGAGUAGGAGAGUGGUCAAUAUUUUUUGUUAUAUUGACUUGUUUGAUCCUUUCUUUUAUGGUGAACACCCUUAGGGACUACCCCGUGAUGGGUCUAAAGCCGUGGCAAUGGUGCCUAAUGGUGAUGGUAGUGUUUAGUGGGCGGCUUUGCUCGGGGUGGCUAGUGAGCUUCUUGGUGUUUUUGAUAGAGAGGAAUUUUAUGUUAAGAGAAAAGGUGUUGUACUUUGUGUAUGGGUUAAGGAAGAGUAUACAAAGUUGUAUUUGGUUAGCACUUGUGUUAUUAGCUUGGACUUGUAUGUUUGAUGCUCAAGUGCACCAAAAUAAUAAGGUGGUCAAGAGGGUGUCUCAAUUGUUAGUCGCGGUUCUAGUUGGUGCUAUCAUAUGGUUGGUUAAGAUUGUUUUGGUGAAGACCCUAGCUUCCUCUUUUCAUGUGAGGACUUACUUUGAUCGUAUGAAGGAAAGCGUUUUUCAUCACUACAUACUUGACGCACUCUCAGGUCCACCAAUGGAUGAAUUACUUUGGGAACAACAUAGACCAGUGCAAGGGUCAAAAUCUUUGCCUACAAAAUGGAAGGAUGCUAAAGAAAUGAUGAGAUCAAAGAAAUAUGGAUCAAGGAAAUUGGACAUGGAGAAGCUUAAGGAGCUAAGCAAGGAAAGUCCGGCGUCGAUUUGGAGUUUGAAGAGGUUGAUGAACUACAUUAGAUCUUCUAGGUUGUCUACGAUUUCGAAGACUGUUGAUGAAUUUGGGAAAGCUGAAUCUGAGAUUACUAGUGAAUGGGAAGCUAGAACUACUGCUAAACGCAUCUUUAGAAACGUUGCAAAACGCGGUGCCAAGUACAUUGAGGAGGAGGAUUUAGCAAGGUUCUUAAAAAGGAAUGAGAUUCAUGCUAUUUUCCCACUUUUCGAAGGAGCACUUGAGACAGGAAGAAUUACCAAGUCUUCUUUCAGAAAUUGGGUGGUACGAGCAUAUUUCGAAAGAAAGGCUCUAGCACAUUCACUGAACGACACGAAAACAGCAGUGCAGCAGCUUCACAAGAUGGCAUCAGCAAUUGUUAUUGUGGUAAUCUUUGUGGUGUUUCUCUUGUUGAUGGGAUUAGCAACACCAAAAGUAGUCGCGUUUGUCAUCACACAGAUGGUAGUCCUUGGUGUCAUCUUUCAUAACACUUGCAAAACCAUCUUCGAUUGCAUCAUUUUCGUGUUUGUUAUGCACCCUUUCGACAUAGGAGAUCGUUGCAAAGUCGAUGGUGUUCAGAUGAUUGUAGAAGAGAUGAAUAUAUUAACCACAGUUUUCCUGAGGUAUGAUAUGGAGAAGAUCUACUAUCCGAAUUCAGCUCUUUUAAGCAAACCAAUCAGUAAUUUCUACAGAAGUCCCGAAAUGUGGGAUACAAUUCCUUUCACCAUAGAUGCUUCCACUCCAAUUGAUUCCAUCAACGCGCUCAAGAAGGCAACACAAAGUUAUAUUGACAGCAAGCCAAAUCAUUGGAAUUCAAAACAUAGUUUCAUAGUAAAAGAUAUAGAAGACCUGAACACAAUGAAGAUGGCCUUAUGUGUGCAACACACUAUCAACCACCAAAACAUUGGUGAACGAAACCUUCGUUUAACUGAUCUUAUAUUGGAGCUGAAGAAGAACUUUGAAAACCUUGGUAUCAAAUAUCACCUUCUUCCACAAGAGGUCCACCUUACCCAGUUCAACAUCAAUAAUUCGCCGAAGCCAACACCAUCUUAA